CCAUAUUCUUACUCACUCUACUCUAAAGAAUAAAACGGGCAUUGUACUUUUGUUUCCUUUUUGAAACUGCGACGACGGGACGGUGCGACGGCGGUGAAGUGAACAAUGGUAACAAUUAGCAGUGACGAUUCACCUUCUCCUUCUCACCACCGCAAAAGGAAGAGGCUGAUGAAACUGCAAGAAGAUGAAGAUGAAGAUGAUUACGUUUACGAGAAGAAGGAGAAAGAAGAAGAAGAGGAGCCGCCUUUGGAGGAUGCUAAACCCAUUGGCAAACCAGUUAGGGUUUCCAGAAGAGGAAAAAACAAAAUCAAUCAUUUUCAUUCCUUUGAAUUUGAUGGAAACCAGUACACACUUGAGGAUACUGUGCUUCUUGAGCCUGAUGGUAAAGAUGAAAAGGCGUAUGUGGCCAUUAUCAAGGACAUUACACAAUCCCCCAAUGACACCUUAAUGAUCACAGGUCAGUGGUUUUACCGUCCAUAUGAAGCAGAGAAAAAAGGAGGUGGUACCUGGCAAUCAAAUGAGACGAGAGAGUUAUAUUAUAGUUUCCACCAAGACGCUGUUCCUGCAGAAUCUGUUAAGCAUACGUGUGUGGUGCAUUUUGUUCCCAUACACAAACAACUUCCAAAUCGUAAGCAGCAUCCCGGGUUUGUGGUGCAGAAGGUGUAUGACAUAGAAACAAUGAAAUUGUGGAAUCUAACUGAUAAGGACUACAAGGACGAUAAACAAAAAGAAAUUGAUGAGCUUGUUCUGAAAACCAUUCAACGUUUGGGUGAACUACCUGACAUUGAGACUGAUGAAACUCCUGCUGGUCAGGAAGAUCUGAUGAAAAAUAAAAGAGACUUCAAGAAAAAGAGUAUUUCAUCUCUUGAUUUAUCAAAGGAGAAGGAAGCAUCUCGAAAGAGUGUCCAAUCUCUGGAACCUGAAAUACCAGGAAAACGUGUAGCUAAUACCUCAGAGCAUUAUCGUGUAUUAGUGAAAUUUAACGCACUAACAGGAGAUGCCCAUCGUGACAAAUGUUUGGAGACACUCCUUCAGAAUGUUCAAUACUUGUUUGACACCGAUGACAACAUGAAGAAAAAAGACAAAGGGAGUGACAAUUCUGAUGCUAUCAACAAUGGAGGAAAUAGCAAAAGUUUAGAAAUCGCAAAUGAAUGUAAAGGCAAAGUUCUGAAGAAUUCCAAGCCUUUUGUCUGGCCAGAUGUUGCUGUUCCAGCUGUAGUUGCUGUGGAGAAAGCUUCGCAUGAUGCAUUUUCAUCAGAUGAUCAGAAGUACAGACAAAAGCUACGACAGUUAGCAUUUAAUCUCAAGAACAAUGCAUUUCUGUUACGGCGUUUAUUAAAUGGAGAGCUAGAACCUUCACAAAUAUUGAAUAUGACACCUACGGAGUUGAAGGAAGGUUUGACUGCUGAGGAAUUACCCAAGAAUGAGCCCGAUGAACAACAACACAUGCAGAUGACAGAUGCUAGUUGCAAACUUUGCACAGAGCGUAAAGUGGGUGUAAGGGAUAUUAUUCGUGCAGGACUUGCUGACCGAUAUAUGCUGGAAUGUAUCGCCUGUGGUCAUUCUUGGUCUGCCUCUUGUGAUGCGGUGUCUGUGCUGACAUUAGAUGCAUCAGAUUCAAAAAGAAAUGCAGGCACAGCCUCAUGGGUCACUGCAAAAUUUGAAGAUGCUGAGAAGAAGAAGAAGCUGGUGGGUACUCAUGAAUCUGACGAUUAUGACUUCUUUAUGCCGCCUGUAUCCAGAAACCAUUGAGAAAGUCUAGGAAAGAUGAAAACAUCAAAGCUUCAAGACGUGCUUACUAGGGAGGAAUAUUCUGUGUUUUGGUUGUCAUUUUUGUUUUCAUGAUACUAGUAGCAAAGUUUUCUGUAUAGUUAAGCUCUCUUCUAGUUGGAAUUUGCGAAAACUAAUGCUAACUUAUACUAGGUGUUAAAUUAUUUUAGUCUUAAUCUGACGACAAGAAUAUAUAUGAUUAAACAUAGAAUGUUACUGUGA